UUGGGUUUGGUUGGAAUGAAGUUGGACAUGUGCUACAAAUGUUUGUUUUUUUCCUUCUCAAAUUAGCCAGGGAGCGUACAAUGUCAUAGCAGCAAGACCAUACUAACUCUAAAAGAAACAUUUUUUAGUCAUAGAAAACGAGCACACAUAUAAAGCAAGAAUGGGUGAUGUCAGUGAAGAAUCGUUGCUGGAUUAUUUCUACUCAGCCGGAGGGAAAGUAAAAAAUGCUGAUUUAAUGAAAAUAUACAGGCCUUUCAUUGGUCAUAACGAAAUGCAGCUGCGUGACAAAUACAGAGAGGAGUUCAAACGGAUCAUCGACAUGAUUGCUGUUGUGAAAUCAGAGAAUAGUGAGAAGUACCUGAUUCUGAAGAAGAGGUACAGGCAGCAGGAGCAGGGCAGUGAGACAGAGCCUGGGACAGACAGACAGGCCAGUCCUGCGGCCAGCACUGCCAGGCCCUCGGCAUCAGUCCAGCGGGAUGUGUCGGGGGUCUCGUCUCUCCACACCCAGGGGGAACCAGACCUCCAGCCUGACCCGGCCAAGAGGGCAGAGGCGAGGAAGCCUUCACAGGUGAUGUGGUGUGGAGGAAUCCCCAGCAUUACCUUCAAAGAGGCACCCAAGCAGGAGCACACACAGGAGGACCAGCACACCGAGAGGACCCCCUCACCGUCCAUUUCAGAGAAAACCCUAGCGCACAGUAACGGAGAGGAUGAGCUAGACAGGGACUCCGGGUCAAAGUCUGAGUCGGAAGAGGAGUGUAUGGGCAGAAUGCGCUCCACCCCAGUGGCUCCCAUCCAAUCCCUACACCUGGACCCUGUGGAGAAGGAAUGGAUCUACUCUGCUACUUGUGGCAGUCUCUCUGACCUCUCCCAGCUGCUAAAACAGGAGCCCUCCUUGGCCAACAAGAAGGUCUGGGUGCCGUUUACAGCUCUUCACUGGGCAGCCAAACAUGGCAAGGAGGACAUGGCUACCAUGAUGGUUAACGCAGGAGCUGAUGUGAACACUAAAUCUGGCUAUACACCCCUGCAUAUUGCAGCAUUGCAUGGCCAUCGACACAUUUUGGAGCUGCUCAUUGGAAAAUAUGGUGCGAAGAAGAAUCUGCGGGACUACAGCGGCCAUCUUGCCUGCCAGUACCUGAACAUCACGGAGCCUACAGAGGACGACCGAGCAGCUCCAGAGGAGACACAAUUCCCUGAGUUCCAGGCCAGAGACCACAGUAGGAACAGGAAGUUGGUCUCGUUGUUCCAGUCCAAGAAGAAGUGGGGCUCAGCGGAGGAGUUAGCCCCUGUAAAGGAGAGGGUGGCACUAGCACCCCAUCAACUCAUGGUCCCCGCAUUCAGACCCAGGAAAUUCUCACGCUAAGGAAGAAGCUAGCCAAAUGUCCCGCAUUCAAUGGCAUCACAGAAAUGACAUCACAAAAACAUGUUCAGUCACUGUGUGUUUAUUUGAAUUGUAAUGUAUGCUUUUAUAGUAUUUAUUCUGUAUGCUUUUAUGUUGUAGGGAGCUGUAACUAUCGAGUUGUUUAGUUUGUUGUUUACUGCCUUGAUUGUAUUGUAGCAAUCUCCCAAAAUGAUUUGAUUACCAUUUAAUUCCAUUUUAAAAGUAGAAUUUGAUUCUAGUGAGACAAAAUGUGACAUUACAUACGGAGCUAUUUUGCAUGCUGCAUUUGUUUUCUUGCUCUUUCAAUUUAGUGUGUAUUUUGAAUUUCACUUGCCUUUUUCCUCACACCGUGUUUAGUGAAGACCGUGCCCAAAUGUGUAGUUUCCAAGCCGAUCUGACGUUCCAGAUUUGAAGUGCCACGUUUACAUGUUGAUGAUCGCACUAUUACAUUGUCAGUUGGUUGAUUUGUCAUAAGGGACACUAUUUUAUAUUGGUUCACCCUCUGUAUUUCUCAUUGUAUUUCUAUUGAAGGACAAAACGAGGGACACUAUUUUGUAUCCUCUGUAUUCCACGUUGUAUUCUAUUUGUAUUCCACGUUGUAUUCUAUUUGUAUUCCACGUUGUAUUCUAUUUGUAUUUCACGUUGUAUUCUAUUUGUAUUCCACGUUGUAUUCCACGUUGUAUUCUAUUUGUAUUCCACGUUGUAUUCUAUUUGUAUUUCACGUUGUAUUCUAUUUGUAUUUCGUUGUAUUCUAUUUGUAUUUCACGUUGUAUUCUAUUUGUAUUUCACGUUGUAUUCUAUUUGUAUUUCACGUUGUAUUCUAUUUGUAUUCUAUUUGUAUUUCACGUUGUAUUCUAUUUGUAUUUCACGUUGUAUUCUAUUUGUAUUCUAUUUGUAUUUCACGUUGUAUUCUAUUUGUAUUUCACGUUGUAUUCUAUUUGUAUUCCACGUUGUAUUCUAUUUGUAUUUCACGUUGUAUUCUAUUUGUAUUUCACGUUGUAUUCUAUUGAAAGACAAAACAAUACCAGAGUACUGGCAUAGAAUAGUCAGUUCAUAAUUAAGUGUCUUAUUCAAUUGGGAAACAAGUUAGUUGAUGUGCCAUGGCUUUGCAUCAUGUUUUUCCUCAAGUUGUUUGUAUUGCCUCAAUUUGAACCUGCCUCUUCAAGCUUGUUUUGUUUUGCACAUGAUUUAUAUCUGAGAUAUUUUGAUAUUAAAGUUCUAUGCUGUGCUUCUAA